UUUGGAGAAGUAACAAAAAUAAUUGCAUUAAUAUCAGAUAAAAUAAUAAAAUGCAUCCCUGUGUCUUUAAUUCGGAGAACUCGAGAUUAAAAAUUGAAUCAACGUAUUAUCUGAUCAUAAAGUAACAAAUAACGAAUGAUAAGAAUAAACAAUCACCUGUUCUAGUAGAUUAUACAGAUAUAUGGUUCAUAGAUGGCGCUGGAAUGCCCUUUUGACUAAAAAUAAUUCAGAUUUUGCAUUUAUAUUGUUAUAACAAUAGUGUACGCAUAUUUCAGCUCUGCCAAGGUUCAAUCCAGCAUAUAAUUUUGCAGGCUCUGUUAAUUAAUGUCUAUAUUACAGUGUUAUGAUAUUGAUAUACUGUGAACAUCAUUAAAUUAACCUUUAAACGCCUCCCAAGUGAAGUUCGCCAAGUUUUUAUCAGAGUUUUAGUUGUAAACAAUAUUAAAACUGAUAAUGGAAGAUCUAAACUUGAAAUUAUUUCAAUUUCAAACACUUAACAACAAUGUGGACAUGUAUAUUCCUAUUCCUUAUGAAGGAUGCAUCAAAGAAUUGGCAUAUUUGCACAUUAUCAACAAUGGAUUGCCUAGAUACAUUGAAAAAGACUUGAUAAGUCAACUACAAGCGUUUAUUCGUAAAGAAAACGACAAUUAUGAAAAUGACUACACCACAAAUUUGAUCACAAAUGCUCUGGAAACUGAUACAGAUUAUGAAGAUUUAAUAAAAGAUUGGGAGCGUUUAAUGCGUGAAGAAAUGGCCGAAUAUGGCGAGCGAAAAUGCGCAUCUGAUGAAGAACUUUUUGCCACUGCAUAUCAUAAAAUGGUACAUUCACCAGCACUGGAAACAAUGCUCACUUUAGAACAAACUUAUGCUAAUGCAGUCAGGAAAUUAUGUGAAGAUAAAAAGAGGCAGAUUACUGAAUUGUCUAAUGAACAAGCUGAGGAGAUGAAUAAAGCAUUAGAGAGAUUAGAAGAUGAUGUUACAGAAAGUAAAAUUAAUGAGCUGGCAAGCAAACAUUUUGAAUCUCAGAGUUUUCUGCAAGUGCAAUUGACUAGUGAGUUGGAUACUAUUAAAGAAGUGCAGAGAAGGGAGUACAGAGAGUGGCUGAUGCAAAUGUUGGAAGAGAAACAAGCAAGUAGUUCAUUACCAACGCCAAACACUCCAACUUUACCAGCAAUGUGCCCCUCAACAACAUAUUACUCAAAUGAUGUUUCUCAACCUAUUUUAGAAGAGAGUUUUACUAUUCAUUUGGGUUCCCAGCUGAAACAAAUGCAUAAUAUUCGCAUUUUGUCUGCGAAUGUGAUGGAUUUGUGUGCUGUAAACAAUAAUAGUGAAUGUUCUGAGCCAACCCCGCAAAUUCUCCAAACAGCUCUAAACCUCUACUCGAAUGAUCUACACGGUAUAGUCCUAAUGACAGACAAUAUAAUCGGUUCAAGAUUAACUAAAGAUUUCCGUGAGAUUUGUCAAUCUUCAACCGAAUUCCACUUUCCACACAUUGAUGAUCAACUAGAAAAGAUCAACACUCUUCAACAACAGAUAAAAGACUCAGCAGAUGCAGCAUCAGUGCGUAAAAACACCAAUCAACUGCAAACAGGCGAUUUUUACACGACAAAACACUCAAAUUUGUCACAAGCGCAUGUUAUCUUCCAUAUUGUAGUAGAUGAUACCCUGCGCGGCAGUGACAUGAACAGUCGCCAUCCUGUUGUGCUUGGAUUGCGAAAUAUUCUAAAAACUGCUUGUUCCAAUGAUGUAACUUCACUGACCAUUCCACUGUUGUUGAAUUAUGAAAUGACUGAUGAAAUGACGGUGGCUUGGUGUGACAAGCGCGCCGAGUUGGUUUUUAAAUGCGUGAAAGGUUUCAUGAUCGAAAUGGCAUCAUGGGGUGGUUCAGAAUUGAAAAAUUUGCAGUUUAUGCUGCCGGAGGGAAUAUCAAGUGAAGUAUUUCAAUCCUUAACGGAAAUGCUGCCAAGAAUCUUCAAAGUAUCUAACCCGCUAAUAUUAAAGUAAGUAUCUUUUAAUAUUUGUAAGUAAAAUUUGCAUUAGAGCGUAAAAUAAUACUGAUAUUACUUGAUCAAUAAAUAAGUAUAAACAUUA